CAGCGUUACCGAAAUGUCAAUUCUGAUUUACCGUUAAAAAGUUCCGUGUUUACGGUUACGCGGUAAAAUAGUGGUGCUAUCGCUCGCACCGGUCGAGAUAAGAACGUUUCGAGGACCAUCAUGGACGGAACGUACGACUUGGACGCCCUUAUGAACCAUCUCGGGGAUUUCGGCAAUUAUCAAGCAUGGCAGUUCACGCUUCAUAUUUUGUCGGCUGUCACAGCUGGCCUCAACAUGUUGUCACUGGUAACGGUUGCUGCUGUCCCAGAUCACCGGUGCCAAUUGCCGGGGGAAAACACGACGAUGAUAUACAGAAACGACUCUGUAUUGUCGCAAUACAUUCCAAGGGUAUCGGACGAGAGAUUUGACAGCUGUUUGCUGUUAAAUUCGACCACUAAUUCCAGCUUUAGGUGCAAUUCGUGGACGUACGACGACCUGUACUACAAGUCGUCUCGUGCGAUAGAAUGGGACUUUGUCUGUGAUCGAAGAUGGAUGGGCGCUGUUGCCCAAUCGAUGUACAUGUUCGGGGUGUUCACUGGGGCGGUAACACUCGGCAACAUGGCCGACAAAUACGGUCGUAAACCGAUAUUUUGUUGGUCCGCUGUGCUGCAGCUGAUGCUGGGCGUAGCGGUGGCAUUCACCCCAGAGUACUACUCAUUUCUCGUGGUGACUUACCUUUAUGGAAUAUUCGGUUCCGCUGGCAGCUACAUCCCAGGUUUCGUGUUGACGAUGGAACUGGUGGGGCCCAGUAAGAGAUCAGUGUGUGGGAUUUCGUUUCAAGCCGCCUUCGCAACCGGGAUGAUGUUGGUCGCCGCGUGGGGGGCCGUGAUAAAAGACCGCCAGCUGCUCCAGGUGGUCUACGGUUGCCACGCCCUGCUGCUAGUCUUCCACUUCUGGCUGAUGGACGAGUCGCCGAGAUGGCUCUGGGCCAACGGCCGAGCGAAAGAGGCCGUGGACAUUGUCAAAAAAGCAUUGAAAAUGAACAACAACCCGGUCAACCUGGAAACUGCGGAAUUCGUCAGUAAGGGUAAAGCUGCGAUCCGAUCAGACACCGAAGAAGCCGGCAUGACGGAUCUGUUCAAAUCUACGCGUCUUCGUACCAUGACCUUGAACGUCUGCCUGUGCUGGUUCGCCAAUUCCCUGGUGUACUACGGUUUAUCUUUGAACACGGGCAGUAUGAAAGGCAAUCCGUACUUGAUACUAUUCCUCAUGGGGCUCGUGGAACUACCCAGCUACGUACUGACGGUGUACGUAAUGGAUAAAUACGGAAGACGUGGAAUAAUUGCAUUCGACAUGAUGGUUGGAGGUGUUUGCUGUAUCGUGGCUGCGAAUCUACCCACGGGUAGCAAUUCGGCACUCGCGUUCGUCGUUUUGGGGAAAUUUUUAAUAGCCAGCUCGUUCGCCGUGGUCUACAACUAUUCGGCGGAACUGUUCCCGACGGUGGUGAGAAACUCGGCCAUGGGUUUGGGUUCCAUGUGCGCGAGGACUUCCGGUGCGCUCACUCCCCUCAUAACCCUGCUGGAUUCGUUCGAUCCUAAGCUGCCUUCCGUUAUUUUCGCGGUGGUGGCUUUGAUUUCCGGUUUCCUCACUCUGUUCUUGCCCGAGACGUUGAACAAGGCCAUGCCGCAGAGUAUAGAAGACGGUGAGAAUUUCGGAGUGGGGGAUACUUGCUUUACCACCUGUUUUCGAGGUGUUAUAGAUGGCGAGGAGGUGAUGAAGCCGACAGUGGAACAACUCCAGCCCCUUAAAUGAUUUUAAUUCCAUAACCGCUGAGUUCAGUGGGUAUUUUCUCCCUCGGGUGUACUGGGUUACUCGAAGCGUACUAUGGAGGGUUAUCUAUAUAGAGAGUUGCAGUUUUGAUUAGCGAUACUGUGGGUGGGGAACACCGGGGUUGGUUGUGCCAUUUUUAAAAAAGUAAUUUUAUUAUUUUUUAAAGCAAGCUAACGCCGGUUCUUGUUGUUGUUUGUAUUCUACAACAUGUGUUCCAUAUAAAAAUACAAACAUUUGUAAAUACAAAUAAAAAUUAAGAGGUAUUCAACAAAAAAACAACAGCUAGUCUUUAUGUCACAAAUAGGGGUUCCUUGUGACACUGCUGGGGUUAGUUGUGACACAACUACGUACAUUACAUACUAUUUUGGCAAAUAAAGUACGGAUCUUUAUCUGUGCAAUCUAUAUUAACCCAAUAUUUGCACUUGGUACAUCGAACUCUUGUUUCCCCUGUAAGAGAAUUCGAGUCAUGCUCUCCACAAAUCAGACAAAAUGUUUCCUUGACAUCUUCAUCAGAGCUGCUUGAUGAGGCCCUUAUAGUUAUCUUUUUCUUCUAUAUGCCCUUGCUUCUAUUUGUUGCUUUCUUUUUGCAAUUCCUUUUCUUGUUUCUUUUUAUAUUCUUCUUCUAACUCGUUCUUGUUGGGGGUGUCAGUCCAAAUAGCCGCAGGGCCACAUUUGUGUCCUCUUUUGGUGUUCGUCCUUUUGCCCGCCUCUGGUUCCGAAAGUAUACCUUGAGGUGAAAAAGAUGUCGCAUAAAUUUGUCACAUCUACCUUACUUUUUGGAGCAAUAUAUAGAUUUAAAUCGGAUGUUAAGUUUGUGCUUUUGGGUACAGCACCACUUUCUACGGUUUUUGGGGAAUCAUUUUUAUCCAAUAUUGGUUGGGGAGGCAAUUCGGGAGACUGGUUAUGAUUGAACCCUCUUUCGACAGUUUCUGGAUUUUUGGAAAAUUUAAUUGAUUUCUUGGUAAAAAAAAUCAUGCUUUUUUUAUCGGUUACAUGUUUUAUACAUUUAAGUUUAAGAUUCCGGAAGAAAGUUUCACUGUUCGUCAUUAGUUUAAAUAAAAUGAAUUUAUUUAUGACAGCGCUCCGGGCGCCUAGCGUCUCGAACUGCAUUGCAGGACUUAUCAGUGAUAAUUUAAAAUAAUUAUACAAAAUAUUCUUAUUAUACAAAUGUUAUUAUUGAUUGUUAUUUUAUAAUAAUUAUUAUUAAUACAAUCUUAUUUUUUUUAACAAUGUUAUAAAGGAUACUAUCAAUUUUUUUAUUAUUUUUAUUUAUUUAUUUAUUUAUAUAAUUUAUUUAUAUAAUCAACGUAAAUUUUUUAAAACUGUUAUGGUCUAUAUUAAUUAUUUUUAAAUUUACUAGUCAACACUCUAUCUUUAGUUAACAAAAGAAAAACCGGUCCGUUACGAUUUUCAUUUGAUUUUCGUGUAUCCUAGUUUAUACGCAAAACAUGAAAUAAUUAUUAAAAAUAAAAGCUGAAGUGUUGUUGACUUGUGUUUUUUUAGUUAAUAUUUUAGUAUUAUAAUUUUUAAUUGUAAUAAUAAUAUUUUCUGUGAUUUAAAAUGGGCCGAGUGAAUUAUGAAAUUAUGUGAUUAAAAAAUUAGUUUUAAUUAUUAUUUAAAUAUAAUUUUACCAAUUUAGUUAAUCAUAAAAAUGAUUUUGGUGUUGAUGCUGAUUGGACUUCUUUCGCUACAUCUCAUGACAAAUGAGCGUGUGAUGGUUUAGCAGGGAGUGUAAAAAGACAAGCUUAUCGUGCUAGUCUUCCACACGAUAAAAACAAGCACAUAACAACCCCACUUUCCUUUUUUCAGUGGGCCCAAAGUUAUUUUAAAAAAAAUACUAACCACGAUUCGAACCUUUAACUAAAAUAAAAAAUGCUCGCCAAUUCCAUUAUUACAAACCAUUGGAAAAUUUAUCACUAGACUGCUCGUUUCAAAGGAUGAAGAAGUAGUUAUUUAAUAAAAGUAAGUUUAAAAAAAAUAAAAAUAACUAACGACAAACUUUCAAUUUAAUUAUUUAAGCUUUUUUGUUCUAUUUAGUCUAUUAUGCUUGUUAAUAUUGUUAAAAAAAAUAAAAUUUUAUUUAAUUUAAUUAAUUUUAUUAAAUUUUUAUUUAUUUGUUUUAUAAUAAUAUUUUGUAUUAUUAUUUAAAAUUAUCACUGAUAAAAUGCAGUUUUGUUUAAACUAAUGACAAGCAGUAAAAUUUUCUUCCGAAAUCUUAAACUUGAAUAUGUAAAGCAUUUGUGUUAAAUUAAAACUUAGUUAACAAUACGACAAUAAACAAAUAAUUUUAACUCGUUAAUAUAUUCUUAAAAUAUAGACAUUUGACCCUGGAUGCUGACAAUUUCAUAAAUUUAUCUGUUAGGGUUGAUUUUUAAUCCAUUUUUUAAUUAAAAGUGCUUAAAAUUUUCAUUAUAUAAAAAAAUUGUCAAAAUCAAAGUUUUAAAAAAUCGUUUGAGGGAUCAAUUUUCCAUCAUAAGUACUUAUAAAAAAUAUAUAUAGAUAUAUAGAUAGAUACAUAGUGGUAAAUG